AUGCCGACAUGUAAGUAUGAUGAUAGGACAGACCCGGAGGACCAUAUAUCAGCCUAUGAGGGGUACAUGUUGUUAUACACUGACACUGACUCAGUAUGGUGUAAGGUGUUUCCCUCUACAUUGACUGGGCUGGGGCAGACAUGGUUUAAAAGCAUACCACCGGCAACGGUUUUCGACUUCCGCCAGCUUACGUUAAUGUUUGUUACACCCUUCGUUAGCAACAAACGAAGGGAAAAAACCACCGACGAGCUGAUGUCGGUCAAGCAGGGAGAGGUAGAGAGUCUAAGGGACUAUGUCGGACGUUUUAACGCAGAGGCUGUCACCAUCCCUACUUUCCAGCAGGAAGUGGCUGUCUUAGCUCUCAUGACGGGACUGAAGGAAGGGACUCCUUUCAGAAAUUAUCUGGGCCGGAAGAAGCUAACCAGCCUCACAGAGGUGUUGGGCAAGGCCAACGACUACAUCCGGGGGGAGGAGUUUGACAAAGCCUCAAAUGCCAAGAGGCCUGCAGCAGAGGAAAGGAUAAAGAAAAAGACCGUAAAGAGGAUAAAUACCGGAAAGGCAAGAAGCCGGACACCGCCAAUAGAAGAGAGGAGAGUAACUCUGUGA